AUGCUGGCGGAGAACUACCGUGCGGGAAUGCAGCAGCCACACAAAGAUCAGCUGCAACCUCUGCAGCAAACAAUAGGUACAGUGACGGGAGACGGGCAGCAUCUGCAGCAGCAAUGUACCGUCUGGCACCAGCAGCAGCAACAGGCACAUCAGCAAAGGCAACUGGCUCAGCCCCAGCAGCAACAGGGGCCACAACAGCAGCAGCACUCUGCAUGGACUUGGACACCAGCAUCCGCACAACCGCUGACUAUUUCCUCUCAGUAUUACAGCCCUGCAGAUGAUUACCCGCAACAGCACCUGCAGCAGGCGCAACUUCAGCAACAGCAGGACCUGCUGCUGCAGCACCAACAGUCCACGGCAGCACAAAGAGUAAUUUCAGGGGCAGAAGACAGUCAAGAGUGGUUCAUUGACGAUCAGAACUGUCCUGUGCCGCCCCAGCUGAUCUACCCGCUGCAGCAGCAACUGCAGCACCAGCAGGAGGUGCAGCUGCAGCAACAGGAAGAGCAGAACAUGCAGCUGAUGGCGCUGCUGCAGCAACAGGAACGGCGAAUUCUCCAUCGUGAGAAGCAACUGUUGGCCACCGACACGUCUAACAGCUUGCCACUACAAGAAACUGCCGCCGCAAGUGUAGCACACGACUCUCUUCAUCGAACGCAGGAAUCUAUAUCACCUCCCCAGCACGGCCGAGUGCAGUGGAGUACGCAACAGCAGCAGCAACACCAUCACCAACAGCAUCCCACAGAAUAUUUUACCGGUCUUGCAGGCUUCCCUGAUUCUGCAGUUGGAGGGUGCGGUUCUGCGCCUGUCAUGUAUUCGGCAAGCGCCUCCCUGCAGCAGCAGCAUCAACAGUAUCAGCAGCAGGGCCAGCAGCGCCUGCAUCAGCACGUGAUCGCAGGCCAUAAGCCUCAGUCAGCAACGGUUGCCUUUGUUCCUUCGACCAAGGGGAAGGGGAAGGGGCGCUUUUGGGGAGUGACUCGAGCUGUCGUCGUGGGAUGUACAUACACCCAACAUAAGAACUAUAACUUGCGGGGACCCGCCAAUGACGCUCACCUCCUGGCGCAUGCACUGGUACAGCUGCUGCGGGUGGAGCCUGACAAUCUGCUGCUGUUAAGCGACGCGCUUCCGGAUACGCCAUAUCGAGGCAGCAGAAACAGCAGCAGCGACAGAGUUCCCAGGGCCCCCCCACAGAGAGCAGCAGCAAAGCCUCGCAGUAGCAGCAGCAGCAGAGAGCACCCUAAGGGACUCGUUCUACACCCAACAGUGGACAUAUCUAAGUUGGAGGACCCCCAACCCAACCCCUCUGCGCCGACUCAACCGACGAAACAGAACAUUCUUAUUGCGUUGAACUGGCUGGUUAAAGACGCCGUCCCUGGAGAUAGGCUUUUCUUUUACUUUAGCGGGCACAGCACCCAAGUAGACAAUCUCUCUGCCUACGAGGGGGAAGGCUACGACGAGGCGCUCCUGCCGGUGGACUUCGACUCCCUUGGCAGCGAAGAAGAUGCAAAUCUGUUGCUAACGACCCACGUGAAGGAGGUGCUGCUGAGUGUCUCACCUCAAGUGCACGUGUGCAUGAUCCUGGACACCUGCGGAUGCCAGACAAUCCUUGACCCGGCGGGGACAGGCAGUGUCUGGACUUUCAUCAAGGGAGUAAAGCAGAAGGGACUGUGGCCGCUCUUAACAGACCCAACGAAUCGUAUGCAGCGGGCAAACUACGAUUCGAACGUCUGGCUGGACCCGAACAUGCAGGCACAGCGCGUGCGGCCCCGUUACUUGCCUUGCGUUGAGAUAUCUUCCUCUAAUGCAGUCCGUUGCCCAGUCCUCUGCUCGUCAAGGCCCCUCAGCGGCAGCAACAAAGCUUACCUGCUUGCUGCAGCUCCCUGGAGCCAGGUGGCUGUUGAGGCGGCGCUGCCUUCCAUAGAGUUGCCCGUUCGCCUUUCUCAUGAAGGGCCCCUUGCUUUUGCCCCCAAUUUAAGUGUCUCUGAUGGGGGGAGACCAGUGGUCCACGGCAUAUUUACAUGGUGCCUAGUGUCUGUCCUCCUGGAGCUCUUUGGCCCGAUGAACGCCUCGGGAGGCCGCCGGGUGUCUUAUCAGUGCCUCAUAGACCGCAUCAGGACACGCGUUAAAGACUUAAAGUGGAACCGUCUGUUUGCACUCGACCAAAUGCCCGAGCUAACAGUACACACGGGGGGAAACGCGUCUUUCGAAGAUUUGUUUUAUUCUUUGGGGUGGCCAGCUGCCUUUUCUCCCCCUUCUUCGCCGUCUGCAGCGGGCAGCAUCAAGGACGACAGGCUGCAGCAGACGUUCACAGCAGCGCUGACGGCUUCGCAGCGCCUUAGCGCUGCAUGCUGCGUUCAGAGGCCCGAUGCAGCACAAGCUGCUGCUGCUGCUUCGGGAGGCCCCUCAGAGUACAUGGAAGGGUACUCCUUUCUAGAUCCUGCGAAGGCGUGGCUGGAGCUGACCUGUGGGGGUCCCAUUUCCAGUCUCCGUAGCUGCCGGUCAGCUUCUUCUCUUCCGCCCUACGCCUUUAGCAGCAGCUCUAUGCCAGCCUCUCAGGUGGCGCCCCACUUCAUCGACCCCCGAGAGCAGCUGCUGCUGCAGCAACACCAGCCAUACACCGCAGCAGAGUGCUUCCGCCUUGUGCAGAGCCGAGAAGAUUCAGCAGACUCUGUCGCCUCAUUUGACACUUUUGCGCCGAAGAAACCUCGCGCUUCCAUUGGUGAAGGCGCCGCACCCCCAGCGGCGGCGGCGGCUGCAGCUGGAGGAGCUGCUAACGGGAGAUGGGGGCAUUUGCAGAGCCAUGAAGAACACUACCGAGAAGCAGGGGACUGCUCUGCCAGCAGGAGCAGCGGAGAUUCCCCUCUGCCUGUUGCGGACUUCAACAGCAACAGAAGCCUUGGCGUUGGAUUCUUGUACACACCAGGCAGCACUUUGCUGCUGCCUCCCCACAGAGGCCUCCAGCCCUCUACAGCUGCAACGACAACAGCAACAGCAGCUCGGCGAGACGGGGGCAUUCCUCAUGGCACUGCGGGCCCCUCGGGGGCCUUGUCGCAGCAGCACGAUGCUGCCAGCAGCCCAAAAGAAGCUGCUGCGGCAGCGCGAGCGGCAUACAUUGCUGCUGCUUCUAAGCACAUUGAUGAGAGGUUCAAAGCAGAGGCAGCUGUAGGAGCGGCCAGGAACGCAGCGUAUCAGGCGCAGCUGAAGAAGGCUCAAGAUGUGGCGCCCCAGGCGCAUGAACUGGCGCGCCUGGUGAUGCAGCAGCAGCAGCAGCAACAGCAACAGCAGCAACAAGAAGGUGGGCACCGUUCCGGCCUGUCGCAACAACCAAAAGGCCAUAAAGGCUCCCUCAAGGACAACACCCGAAAAAUUCCCAUAUACGAUGCCUCCCCGCCCCCCAUUUACGAAGCCACACCUGACUGA